CGCUGCCCGCUUGGCACUGGCGACAGCCGCUGCUCAACUGCUCAGGCAUGCGACAGCUCAUUCGUAAGUGAACUGUUUGGUGUGCUGCCACGUCGUUUGCGGAUUGCGCGCGAUUUGUGUAUAACAAACAGGCAUACAGUUGAUAAUAUAGAGUUGAAUAAGAUAAACAAGAAAAUAUAUGUGAAAACAAAGCACAAGUGAUGGAUGAUAAGAAUGAAAAGCGGAUGAUACAGAACGCCAGUGGAAAGUGAGUGUGUAGUAUUCAUAGCGCAUUUUAACGGUCGCCCAGUGAGUCUUGUGUCCGGCGCGGGUAAUUUGAGAAAGUACACAGAAGUGCCAAUUGUGUGACAGUCUGGCAGACAAUUUAAAAAUUACCCCAAAUGCAGGCGACUGAACUGAACUGAACUGAAACCGCCGCAAAUACAAAUAAUGACGAUUGCUUUCGUGCGACGCUGAGCAGCAGCCCAAAUGACAGUUGAAAUUAAAUAUGAAAUACAACAACAAUAGAAACACUUCAACUGAUUAAAGUAUGAAAAGUGUCAUAAAAAAGCACUUUGAAGGAAUAUUAAAAACAAAUCACAAGUGGCGAAGUGAAAUAAAAUAAAUUUAAUUAAAACUAACAAAUACACAAAUGUACUUCCAUUAUAAUUAUGUAUGCAUGUGGUCAACGAGGUAAGGUAAACAAAUUGUUAAGUGCCAGUAGCAACAAAUUAUAACUAUUAUAACAACCGAAAUGCUUACCUAUUCAAACCAUAAUAUAUGAGUUCAGCAAUAAUAAUUUCGCCCGAGUGUCGAUAAAAAAGCAAAACUCAAAAGUAAAGUAAAACUGAAAUGUCGCAGACCCGCCGAAGUAUUUAGCUCGUUCUCAGCGUGUUGCGUAUACGCCAGCGGUGCCGCGAGCAUUCAAACGUGAUGUUUUCCAAUUCUCAACUUUUUUCGAUUCAUUUCGGUGUGGUUGUUGUACAUAGGUGUUACAGUUGUUGUCGACUCAUCUAAGCAGUUCUAUUGCAAUUAUAUUUUAUGGGCCCCGGACCCGCUGCCGCACGCGCCGCCGCCGUCCAUUGCUGCCAUGUACUCGUAAACCCGGGACUGAGUAGCUAACUGCGAGGGCUAGGCACAGUCAGGGUGACACGUGCAUCGGAAAUAUUCGCUUUCAAAAUAAUUUACACGUUUAGCAGAGCGCGCUCAAAUUUACGACCCCACUUUGCAAGCGUCUUUCUUUGUAGCCAAAUUUCGGGUAAAUAAGCAUAAUUAAAUAUGAAUAAAUCACAGAAAUUCUUAAUUAAAGUGCAGCGUCACUUCAAUGAAUUCCGUUAUAAGUGUUUGCAAAGUCAAUUUUAAGUGAACGCUUUUGGUGUUGAUCAGUUAUGAAAAGCGACUACUGAAAAAUUAAUGAAAAAAGAGAAAUCAAAAUCUUCAGUAUUUAAAGAAAACAAAAUGAGAAAGUGUGAAUACACCAACUGAUAUUCCAAAAGAUAAACCUAAGAAAUUCCUAAAUGACUGUUCCAAUCCAAACAAUUUUAACGCCUCAAUUUCAAUUCGGUGUUAUUAUUAUUGUUGUUGCUACAUAGAGCUAUAUAUGUGAUGAGUGUACCAUAGCAAGCCGUCGCUUGCCACAAAUAUCAACCACGUCAGCAGCUGCCAGUGUCAGGGUCAAAGCCGCAACACGAUUCGCGGUUUUGCAACAGUGCCUGUCAUCGCUGCAACAUGCCAUUACUAUGUACUUGCUGUAAAUGUGCGACUAGAGUCAACAAGCGGAGACAACUACUGAUGGGCUGUCAUCUAAACUACUCAGCGGCCCAGCUCAGCUUAAAGCGCCAGUGAAGCAGGCCUCCCACAGUCAACCGCUGCUGCGGAAGUUAAUGCAAAACGAAUCCUUACACAACAGAAGUAUAGUUACAUAUACAACGUAACGUUGGUCAAUUAUAAUUGCGGAAUGGCUCCUGAACAAGCCAAGGUGUUCUAAAUGGAUCACCUCGGAGCUUUAUUGAAUUUAGGCUUCCUCAGAGUGUGCUUUCAUAUCUCAAACACAUACUUAACCAUUCAUAUUUCAUGUAUAAGUGGACUUCAUAUAUUGUUUGUGAGUUGCAGGUAACGCCUCAGAAUGAGAAGAUAUUCCAAGAGAGAGGACAACCAAUUCAACUCAAAUAAAUAUUUGUCUGUAAAUAAAUGGUCGGGAUUAUGUGUUCAUAUGUAUACACUUAUUACUGAAGCAUUUUCCCUUCACUAUGUCAUCUAUUUUGCUUGUUAUUAUUAUGUUUUGGUUGCCUUUUAUCUUGAGUGGCAAGCAUUCAAUGCCAUUCCCAACACCGAGCAUUCUUAGGCAAUUCAAUGGCGUCGACCAAGAGCAUUUUUCGUAUUUCUAUUUCAACAAUAAACAAACUGUAAAGAAGAAAGAAUGAAAGAAUAAACCUUUUUCUACCAUUUUCUGCAAAUUUACAGCUUCUGCCUUCUGCCAGUUAUUUUGACAGUGCCAUUAUGUGUGUCCGUCCGGUAGAGCUCAGAGCAGUGUGUCCAACCACUUGCCACCGUUUUCGUUUAUUUUUAAGAGAAUUUGAAUUUAUUAGGCUUUUUACUAUUGUCUAUUCUGCACACAGUCAAAUGCUAGACACAGACAUACACGCAGGUAUAUAUGUAUAUAAAAACUGUUUAUUCAGCGCUUUGCCUUUUCUGGCGGCCGUACAGCUGCUGCUGCUGGUUUUGUAUUGUAGAUUUGACCCUCUUCAGUGGGGUUAAGAAGCUGCAAAUAAAUUCCGCUCUGCUACAAAACCUUCUUAAGGGUUUUUCAAUUGGAUAAAAGCGUGCGGUCUUUUUGUUUCUUAUCGGAUCGUAGCAUAUCAGCCUUCAAUGAGCAACUGCGGCAGACGGAAGUUGUGAAUUUUUGUUGUUCACUUUCUGGAGGUUGUUGGGUAUGGCUUCACUGGCGGCAUGGAGCUGAACUGAAGACCGCCAUGCAGCUGGCGAUGAUGGAAAAGUUGCAUCCACACUUUCUGGCGGCGAAGGGCAAUUGCGGUUUUGGCAGAGGAAGGCAAUUAAAAAUUCAUUGCAACAUAUUGAGCAAGCCAACGCCUUGGACGACUGCCAGAAUGAUCAAGUAUAAUGUUAGUGGUCGCUGCGACUACUGUGCUUUGCUGUGCUAUGCUAUGGAUGGCUAAAUGCUUAAUUACGAUGCUGAUGAUAAUGGCGAUGAGCGCGGGAGGAGCGAAGUGAGAAAGACACAAACAAGGCACAAGAAGCAGUGGCCACAAGGAAAUGCUAUAAUUGUUGGACGCAUUGCGCAUUCAGACAUAUUCGUAUGUACGACUGUAUGCGCACAUACAACAACAACAAUCAACAUUUAGGAGACAGAACAAUUUGGCAAGUGCAAGAGGAAAGGCCACGAACAAAUGCGAAAACGACAUAAACAAAUUUAUAAAUUUUCGAAAAACGUCACAUACAUUCAUAAACAACACGAAAACGACUAAAACAAAAGAAAACACCAAAGACAACAACAACUAGAAACAAAGCACAACAAUAAAAUUAAAACAUUAAGAGCAAUCAAGUUUGUGGCCAAGAGACAGUGAUCAUUAAAAGCAAUAACAAUAAUAACAAAGAGCAAAAACAAAAAUACACCGCCAAUCAUCACAAAAUAGAAAAGAAAACAACAACAAUAAACACAACACAACGGCCGAACACAUCCAGCGCCUAGCCUAGCCGCAACCUAGCCACGUUCGCGGUGAAGGUGACGGUGACGGUGACAACUACAAACAACACGAUACAACAACAAUAAAUAACAUAAAUAAAUGACAAAAAAAAUUUCAAAAACUACAACAACCACAACGAAUAACAAACAACGUGUGAGAAGCAAAAGAUUAGUUCAGCGUUGAUGUUGUUGAUGGCCGAUGGACAGCGAUGGCGGUGAGGGCGCGUCGGCACGCCUAGCAGCACUGGUGACGUGUGACACAACGACCAGGACGGCCGACAGCCGACGGUCGACAGACCACUUUCCACCAUGCUGCCUGCAGUACAGUUCGGGGCGUAGAAAGCGUAACGCGCGUUCCAAAAGCGAACAUUUCUGUGGCGGCUCGUCGACGACGGCACUUGAACGGGCGUCAGUGAUAACAGUAAAAUACCGUAUUUAAAGAAACAAAUUGUGACAUUUCAGAGAAACGCAGCACAAACGCUGAAGUGGAAUUAUUGCAAAUCGCAAAUUUAAUUCAAAAGUGCAAUGGCCAUUUAAUGAAAGAAAUUAAAGAAUAAAAAAUAAAUUAAAAUAAAAAUAAAAAUAAAAAUAAAAUUAGUGAAAAGUGUGAUUUGAAUUGUGAAAUAUUGUACAACUGAUUUACCCAACUGAAAACAUUUGUGCGAAAAGGUUGAAACAACAUGUCUACCAAUACUCCAACUAUGCUUCCAUUAACUCCAACAGCAACAACAACAACACCCAAACAUAGCACAAACAGCCAAAGUGCAGUGCAAAGAACUACAAACGCAUCGGCAACGCGUCGAAAGAGACGAAAUGUGUGCAGUGAACUUGAACAGUGUAAAAGUAAUCGAGUAGCGGUAAACGCUGCAGCAACAACAACAACACAAGUUGCAACGAACGAACAAAUGGCGACAGCGCCAACAACAGCACCAACAACCCCUGCAACGACAAUGCGUGGGCCAGCGCCGCAACUAGCCACAACGGCCGCGACGUCGGGCACAGCGAUCACAACACCCCCACCGCCGCGAUUAGCGUCUGCAACAGCGGUAAUCACAUCGGCAACUGCAGCGGCAACAGAUACAGCCACCAUGCACCAGCGACGACAGCACUGUCAGCGACGUGCAACUAUAGCAGCAACAACACCAACAGUGACCGAGGCACAGAACAACAUGACAAGCGCAACAUCGACCCGUGCACGCGCCUGCAGCCUCGGCUUCAACCUCAGCACGGCUUUUGCGACUGCGCUUCUGCACACCAGCGUCGCAGUCGCCGCCGCCGCUUCAACACAGACUCAGACGCAUCACAGCGUCGCUGCCAAGCACCACACGCCCCAGGCGCAGGCCGUGCUGGACAGCGGCAUGCUGUCCCAACUGGACCCCAACACAACUUCCACGUUGCUGGGCUCUGCUGCCGCCACCAUGACGCCGAGCAAUUUCACACUGCUGGACGAUGCUGGCGCCGACGGUGUGAAGGGCAUCGACGGUACGAACAGCGGCGAGUGGUUCGACGUGGUGUUCUUGGUGUUCAAGGCGUCCCUCAUGCUCUUCAUCAUAAUUGCGGCCAUUUUUGGAAAUCUCCUUGUCAUUAUCUCUGUGAUGCGGGUUAGAAAAUUAAGAAUCAUAACGAAUUACUUUGUAGUGUCCCUGGCUAUGGCCGACAUUAUGGUGGCUGUGAUGGCUAUGACGUUUAACUUCAGUGUUCAAAUAACUGGGCGUUGGAAUUUUGGAAUAUUUGUCUGCGAUCUGUGGAACAGCUUGGAUGUUUAUUUCUCGACAGCCAGCAUUUUGCAUCUGUGUUGCAUCUCCGUGGACAGAUACUAUGCGAUUGUGAAACCGCUCAAGUAUCCGAUAAAUAUGACCAAACGCGUGGUGACCAUUAUGCUGAUAAAUACGUGGGUCUCGCCGGCACUGCUCUCCUUCCUGCCCAUAUUCAUCGGUUGGUACACGACCGAGGAGCACAUGAACUUCGUGAAACGACAUCCCGAUCGCUGCGAAUUCAUUGUCAACAAGCCGUACUGUGUUAUAUCGAGUUCGAUUUCCUUCUGGAUUCCAUGCACCAUUAUGAUUUUCACAUACUUGGCGAUAUUCCGGGAGGCCAAUCGCCAGGAGAAGCAAAUGAUGGCGCGUCAGGGCAACGCGAUGUUGAUGCACCGCCAUUCGGAAGAUGCACGCACCAGCGUUGGAGUGAGCAACAGCACAGGUGAAGCGCUCAGCGGCUCCGGCUCAUCGAAAACUUUGACGCUGCACGAAGUGGAGCAGGACCACACUCCGACAAAGGAUAAACAUUUAAUCAAAAUGAAACGAGAACACAAGGCUGCCAGAACUCUGGGCAUAAUUAUGGGCACAUUCAUCGUCUGCUGGCUGCCAUUCUUCCUUUGGUACACCAUCACCAGUCUGUGUGACUUGACCGCGCCGGACAUUGUGGUCGCAAUACUCUUCUGGAUCGGCUACUUCAACUCCACGCUCAACCCACUCAUAUACGCUUACUUCAACCGCGAGUUCCGCGAGGCAUUCCGCAACACGCUGCAAUGUCUCUUCUGCAACUGGUGGCGGGAUCGCGGUCUGCCGCUCGACAUCGACAUACGACGCUCCAGCCUGCGCUACGAUACACGCGCCAAAAGCGUCUACUCCGAAAACUAUUUGAGCGCCAGCCAGCCACCGAGGCGUACCAGCCAAUUGGUCGACAGCUUAUAAUACAGUCGGGAUGAUUCGCUGUUGUCGGUGGCGCGCACAACGCCACAGCGAUCCACAUCGAUGCAGCUGCUGCCAACCCAACAGUCCAUGCAGUUGACGGACACCACGCCAGUACGCGCUACCGGCAGCGGCAUGCACCAGUUGGCGCCGCUCCCACUGCCGUCGUAUGUCGGCAAACGCCUGCUCCAGAUCAAGCCUGGUGUUGGACACGAUUUGAAUGGCGGCGACAUGCAGAGCAGGGGAGGCGCACUUGCGAAUGCCGAUGUCGGUGAUGGCGAGGAUGAUGAACCGCAACAGAUACAGAUCGAAAUACCGUUGGCCUAUGUCAAGAAGUGGAACAAAAGCAAUAAAACAACAACAACAGCAGUAACCGCAGCCACGGUCAAUAGCACAGCGAGCACAGCGUCGACCACAAUAACAACAACAGUGACAACACCGAAAGGCACCGAAAGACACGAGCACACACUCGUUUAGGGAAAACUCGCACAGCCAUAUAGGCCAAAGUAAGGGGACGGUAGUAUUAUGGAUGGUCAUCGCGUACAAAUCGCGUUGAAUACUUUGUAUGUAUGCAUCAAAUAACCGCCGCAGCUAUAAAAUAUUACCAUUUUCAUGAGCAAGUGGCGCAAAGUGCAAGAACUAUUCUUUUAAAAAAGAUCUACAAAAUCCUUUGAAUUCACCUUUAUUUAGUCUGAAGCGUUCUCGGAGGUAUUAUACCUAUAGGAUAUCAAGAGAUUAAGAGGCUAAAGUAAGAGGCUUAGGAGUAGGCAGGGGAUAUAGUAUAGCGUGAAAAUGCGCAUUCUUUUUGCUGUUAAAAUAAUUAUUCUUGAAUUUUUAUGGUUCUUUAAGUUUGUCUUAAUAAUCUAGAGAAUUUUGUUCAAAAUCGUUUUCGAUCGAACUUUUAGCCAACUUUUUGCUUCACUUAAUUAUCAAUUGUAUUCAACUCAAAUAAAAAAUAAUAAAGUGAGAAAUUUUUAACGGAGUUGAUAAAGUAGGAAUUUCUUCAUGCUUCAGCUUCAGCCUGAAAGUCUUUAAAAUUAUUAACACAUUCUGAUCGAAUUACUUUUUCCAUGAAAUACCCGGUAUGCGCAUAUGCUUUGGCCGCAUUUAAACGUGCCAUAAUCAGUAAUGCAAUUUAUAAUACUUUUUGCAGUUGCACAUUAAUCCGCGCGAGCGUACUCGCUGAGCUUCCUUUUGCCGCCGUGCAACAUAUGUAUUUCAAUAUUCCAUGGCAAUGCGCAUUUUUUUGCGUCGGAUUCCCAAUUAAUUAGUAAAUGUGCACCUGAAUUAGCAGCAGGUAUCGCGCCAUCUGCGGCAGCAGCUGGCGUCGGCGUCGGGACAUUUUAAUCAGACAAAAGCUUUUUUGCGGAAAUCAAUCCUCAAACAGCGCUGACAUUGCCAUGCAAAAACCGUUAUCGAGCGCACUUUCCGAUAGAAUUUAUAUUUUAUUCAGCAAUGCAUUGCACUCACAUACAAACCAA